GCGCCGUAAACGCUUAGUGUUCUGGGGGCGAUGAAGUUGCUAAGAUCGUCUAGGAGAUGACUUCAUGUUUUCACCAGUAAGAAGAAGAUUGCGAGGACGAAAUGUGUUCUACUAAGAAUAAACUGAAGCCUAACCCAAUACAAAAGGCCAAUUUAAUCUCAAAAUUGUUCCUUUGGUGGAUGAAGUCUCUGCUGUGGAAAGGUCACAAUAGAGACUUGGAGCAGAAUGACUUGUACGAUGUCCUCGGCGGAGACAGUUCCUCUGGCCUCGGCGAUCUGUUGGAAAGCCACUGGAUGAAUGAAGUAGAGAUUUCAAAAGCUAAAGGGAAGAAACCAAGUCUCCUGAAAGCAAUUGCCAGAGCUUUCGGCCCGCAGUUCGUGUUCAGUGGCGUACUGAAUCUCAUAUUCUGCGUCGUAACCAAAGUAGCGCAGCCGCUGCUGCUGCAGAAAGUCGUGGAGUUCUUCGUGGUCGGCAGCUCCAUGGCUCGGCGGGACGCCCUGCUCUAUGGCGGAGGCAUGGUGGCGGCGGGCGUCGUGGCGCAGCUGCUAGAGCACCACGCCAACAUGAGCGCCAGCUUCGUGGGCAUGAGGGUGCGGGUCGCCUGCUGCUCGCUCAUGUACAGAAAGGUCAUGAAACUGGACAAGAGCUCGUCGCAACAGACGACCACGGGUCAUCUGGUGAACCUCAUGUCGAACGACGUCAAUCGCUUCGACAUGGCCAUGCCGUUCCUCCACUUCAUAUGGAUCGCGCCUUUGCAGGUCAUCGUGGUGACGUACUUCCUGUGGCGCUCCCUCGGCGUCUCUGCGUUUGUAGGAAUUGCGUUUAUUCUUCUCCAGACGGUGCCUGUGCAGAGUUACAUAAGCAAGCUGAUUGCCGAUCUAAGGGAGAAGAUUGCUGUGAGAACUGAUGAACGCAUCAGACUAAUGAACGAGAUCAUUUCAGGUGUUCAAGUGAUCAAGAUGUAUGCGUGGGAGAAACCAUUUGGGCAUCUGGUGACCAUUUCUAGAAAGAUGGAGAUGAAAUUUGUGACUAAAUCAUCUUAUCUUCGAGCAGUUAAUUUGGCGUUUAUGACCUUCACUGAGAGAACAGCUCUAUUCUGCACCAUUCUGACGUACUACUUGUUCGGAAAUGUUAUCACUUCAGAUCAGAUAUUUUCGCUGGGGCAGUUUCUAAAUGUUUUGAACUUAACAUUGGCUAUUUUCUACCCAAUGGCUUUGUCAUUGGGAGCCGAAGCAAGAGUGUCUGUGACCAGAAUACAAGAAUUUCUGCUACAUGAAGAAAUUAGUGAGAAAUUGCAAGAAAGUCAAAGCACAAACUUGAUUAAGGAGAAAACAACACAACUUGGAGUGACCAUAAUUAACGGAAGUGCGAAAUGGAAAACGACACUGGAGUACGACACCCUUCAUAAUAUAUUCUUAAAUGUGAAACCAGGAAAACUGUGUGCUAUUAUUGGCCCUGUGGGAUCUGGAAAGAGCUCGCUGCUGCUCUCGAUCCUGGGCGAGCUGCCCCUGCUCAGAGGGAGUGUCGCGGCAGACGACUCGCUCUCGUACGCCUCUCAGCAGCCCUGGCUGUUCGUGGGCUCCGUCAGGCAGAACAUCCUGUUCGGGGAGGCCUUCGACAAGAGGAGGUACGAGCAGGUGGUGCGAGCGUGCGCGCUGCUGAGGGACUUGGAGCUGCUGCCUCACGGCGACAAGACCAUCGUCGGCGAGCGAGGGGUGUCGCUGAGCGGCGGCCAGAGGGCGAGGAUCAACUUGGCGAGGGCGGUGUACAGGAGCGCUGAUCUGUACCUGCUGGACGACCCGCUGUCCGCCGUGGACACACACGUGGGCAAGCACCUGUUCGACCAGUGCAUCAGGACCUACCUGAGGGGCAAGACUGUCGUGCUGGUGACCCACCAGCUGCAGUACCUCAAGGACGCCGACAUGAUCGUCAUCCUCAAAGAUGGAAAGAUAGAGAACCAAGGUACAUACUAUGAGAUGCUUAAUAGUGGACUUAACUUCGCCAAACUACUGCCCACAGAAAAUCAAAAAUCUGUCCAAGAAGUAAAUGAAAAUGAACGAAACAAAUCUCUUGUUCUAAGCCAGGCAUACUUCAGAAAAAGAGCAGCAUCUUUAUCUAUUAUGUCUACGACGAGCAGUUAUCUCACAGCAGAUGGGUUCGUAGACCCUGAGAUGGAGGAGGAAUCACAGACAAUUGGUUCUAUAAAGUGGGAAACAUACCUGAACUAUGCAAGGGCAGGAGGAAACACGUGUUUCCUCUUGCUAGUGACAUUCGUGGUGCUCGUCUCUCAGGUCGUCAUCAGCGGUGUGGACUUCUGGGCCAGUGUCUGGACAUCAAUGGAAGAAGAGAGAUUGAUAUUCCAGUAUGACUUUGAAAGAAACGCCACUGAUUCUUUUUUAGACUUUCUGUCCCCUUAUUACUCACUCACCACAUCUGAAUCGCUGGAAAUAUACGGUGUUUUAACGCUACUGUGUCUCAUCACUGUGGUGAUGAGGUGCAUGCUGAUGUUCCAUGUGUGCAUGCGAUCGUCAGUCAAGUUGCACAACACCAUGUUCGUCAACAUACUCAGGGCGAAGAUGAGGUUCUUCGACACCAAUCCUUCUGGCAGGAUUCUCAACCGGUUUUCAAAGGACAUAGGAGCGAUCGACGAACUGCUGCCGACUGCGCUUUUGGAUGUUGUGGAGAUAUUCCUGCUGAUGGUUGGAAUACUUGCUAUGAUUCUGACUGCCAACUACAUAAUGAUUGUGCCAAUGGUCAUAACCCUCUCAUUGUUUGUAGCAAUGAGGAUGGUCUACAUAUCUUCAGCAAGAAGUUUAAAAAGACUAGAGGGAAUUACCCGUAGUCCGGUUUUUUCGCAACUUUCAUCCUCCAUAAACGGCUUAUCAACAAUACGGGCGUGCCGAGCCCAGGAUAUGGUCUGCACGGAGUUCGACAAAUACCAGGACGGACACACGUCCGCCUGGUACCUGUUCGUCGCGUGUAACACCGCCUUCGGCUUGUGGCUGGACAACGCCAGCAACUUGUUCAUCGCCGCCAUCACCUUCACGUUCCUGCUGUCGCCCGCGGGCACGUUCGGCGCGGCGGUGGGGCUGGCGCUGUCGCAGGCCCUCAUGCUCACGGGCAUGGUGCAGUACGGGGUGCGGCAGUCCACCCAGCUGGUGAGCCAGUUCACCUCCGUGGAGCGGGUGCUCGAGUACACGCGGCUGGAGCAGGAGCCCGCGCUUGAGUCGCCGCCCGAUAAGAAACCGUCACCUACAUGGCCGGAAGAAGGAAGGAUAAUUUUCAAUAAUUUGUCACUUAAAUAUGAUGAAACAGAUCGUCCUGUCCUCAAAGAUCUAAACUUCACCAUUCUUCCUAAGCAAAAGGUGGGAAUAGUUGGCCGCACGGGAGCCGGCAAGUCGUCUCUCAUCUCGGCCCUGUACCGCCUCGCCGACCUGGAGGGCACCAUCACCAUCGACGACGUGGACAUACAGGCGAUCGGUCUGCACGACCUGAGGCGACGCAUCUCCAUCAUCCCUCAGGAGCCGGUGCUGUUCUCAGCGUCUCUGCGGGAUAAUCUGGACCCCUUCCAAGAGUUCGGCGACGACCAACUGUACAGCGCACUGGAGGAGGUUGAGCUGAAGGAUUCAGUUGGUUCUCUGGACUUCCAAAUAAGCGAAGGAGGAGCUAACUUCAGUGUCGGCCAGAGGCAGCUCGUGUGCUUGGCUCGCGCCAUUCUCAGGAACAACAAUAUACUGGUUCUGGAUGAAGCUACUGCGAAUGUCGAUCCACAGACUGACGCACUCAUCCAGAGGACGAUAAGGCACAGGUUCAGGGACUGCACGGUGCUCACCAUCGCCCAUAGACUCAACACCAUCAUGGACUCUGAUGCUGUGCUCGUGAUGGAUGCAGGCAUGAUCAUGGAACUUGGCCACCCCUAUGUCCUGCUACAGAAUGACAAUGGCUACUUCUUCAAGAUGGUUGCGGAAACAGGUCCUGCAAUGAAUCUGCAGUUGCACCAAACUGCAGCGCAGGCAUACAAAUCCGCUUCCGAAGAAACGUCUCGUGCAGAAGAUAAACAGACAACGGAAUUAUAGGAUUCGUUACUCAACUUAACAUGCUGUAGUAGUUAUUUUGUACACGAAUAACAACAAUAAUUACUGAUAACGAGUUAAUUUAAUUUCAGCGAUAUAAUGCAUACAGUUUUGCUUACAAACAAAUAAGAAGUUAAACAAUCUAUACUAAUAUUAUAAAGCUGAAGAGUUUGUUUGAACGCGCUAAUCUCAGGAACCACUGGUCCGAUUAUAAAAAUUCUUUCAGUGUUGGAUAGUACAUUUAUCGAGGAAGGCUAUAGACUAUAUUAUAUUAUCACUAACAUUAGGGAUCCUUACUAAAAGUCCAAUUUAGAAUCAAAUGCGUUGGACGGGGUUAGAUACAACAUGCAGUACACGUACGAAGUGUGUGUUGACAAUGCCGCAGGCGCUAGAAGUUUAUUUCCUACUGCCUAUUAACAUUGUUGCCACGCACUAGAUGCCUUAUCAUUCUAUAUUUUCCUAUACAAGUAAAAAACACCCGUAUGAUAUUAACAACGAAGCAACCAGUCCCCUUAUAAGAGUUCAAAUAGUAUUUAAAUACUUUUUAUCACUUUAAAUCGCAAACCUAAACUAUUCCUUUUUUUUCCUCUCUCUGUGUUUAAUUUGUUUUUUAUUGCCCUUUUUUUUCAAGUAUAUAUAUUUUACAGACUUGAAACUUCACAGUAAUGUUCCUUAUGUUACGCAGGAUGACAUUUUCCGAAAAUUGGAUCCCAUGGGUGGUUAAAACCAGGCAACAGUGGGUACUUGUCUGCAUGAGAACAGGAUUUUGCAUUGUUCAUGCCUUCUGCGUCUCCAUGGCAACGGGCAUCGCGCGGCAGUGGCGUACCCACAAGGAGGGGCAUGUAUAAUGAGCGGCGCAAGAGUGAUCUGCCUGUAGACUGCCGUAGCGAAGUACGGGUACAUCAGUUGUACGUUGCGUGCACGAGUCGGGAAACCAUCGGUGCUAUUCAUUUUCUCUCCGGUACAUUAUAAAGCAUUGUAAUAAAUUUUCACUGAUUUUUUUUUAUAUUUACCAUUACUGUAAAUGGGAGAUGUGGCUUAAUUUUUUUCCAUUAGUAUAGCCGUGCGAAACCGGGUCGGGCAGCUAGUCAAUACUAAAACUCUCCUUAAAAAAAAUCUUUCAAACAGCCACCACGUUAAUUUGAUAACUGGUUAUGAUAAUUCAUGCCAGUUUUUCGACACAGGUUUGUAAUUGAUUGGUGCCGUUGCAGAUAAUUGCGUUUUUAAAAUAUAUUUUUCAGUCCAGAAACAGAAUAAUUUAGAUUAAGAAUUAGUUGAGACCAAUUUUGAGCUGAUUAUUGCUGAAAAAUCCAAUAUAAUUGGCAAAUAACUGGCAUCUUGCCUGCGACCAACAUUUUUGCGCUCGAAAUAUUUUUCAAAAAUAAUUACAUUAGGUUUAUUUCAGAAGUGAAGAGGUCAACAAGAAUGCUCUGCAGGAUUAUGGCCGUGAAAUGCUGUCUGGAAGGCGCGCGCCAUAGCCCGAGGGGGAAUACAGGUUUGAUAUGGAGCUCUGGUUUACGGAAAUAGUUACCCUAAUGAUAAAAUCGAGCUGGUGCAACAGGAAGUGUUCCUCGGGGUAGAGCGAGUUUGGUAGAGUGGUCUUAUGUCCUUGUUUUCAAUUAGCAUUGCCCUUGCAAUCAUGCGUAAAUACUUCCUGACACAGGCUACAACACAUUGGCUUACGCACGUCCGUAUUACGCCUUGUUACAAGAGCCAAUAUUUUCUAUCAUGUUAUUAUGUCCCCGCUGAACGUAAUUAGGAUAAUGAUGAGGAUUAGCUUACAAAAAGACCUAGCUGAUCAACUUAAGAUCUUACCAGAAAUGGUCACAUAAUAGCUUUAUUUAACUUUGCCACGUAGUUUGGAUGUCUGGGAAGUUAGUGAUGAUAGCAAUUAAUGAGACUUCGCGGUCAGUCCUAACCUGUAUCAUGACUCAGUGUAUAGUCAGUUUAUAAGCUACGAGUCUGUAAACAAGUUGUUCGACCUCAACCCUCUCUGUCGAUAAUACUGUUACGAACGUAACAGACCAGACGGCGAUGCCAGAUUCGGAGCUGGCUGGCGGCCCCGCACAGCCACUGACGUCACGCGCCAUCCACUGACGUAAGACAUGCUACGCGUGCCUGGCCGGACUACAAGGGUCUUCGCUUCCCCCCUUUCUCCUCUGCUCAACCCGCAUCGUCCUGCCUCGGCGCCGUUAUCCGUCACUGGGCAGCCUGGGGCAUUCUGCGGGCCGCCGCAGCGAAUAGACUCUGCUUUCCUCGACGCUUCGGGCGUCGGGUAGGUGCAGGAUGACGUGACUGGCCCCAACUGCGCUCGUCGGUUCUGGAAAGGGCGCCUCACACCAUUUAACACACGACGCCGAGCGAGUCCCGAGCGGAUCACAAGCGAAGGGAAGUGCGACGGCGACGGCGGAGUGCGGCGACGGAGGUCCACGAGGAGUGCUGCGGCGAGAGUUGCGUGAGAAGUGCGGCCCAGCAAGGUGUGCAGUGUGUGAGGACUUCAGUCACUGAGUGACUUGGGAAAAAACAUUUCUAAUUGCGAGAAACUGGUGAUUAGGCAUUUAUGAGUAAGAUUAUUUAUUAUUUCUGUAAAUAUUAGUAAUCAAUAAAAAUGUGUAAUAAAAACCUAA